AUGAGACUGAUCAUCCGCGACGAUAAGCCAGCUGUUGGAGGUUUCACAGCCAACUACAUAGCUAAGCGCAUAAACGAGUUCCAGCCAACAAACGAUCACCCGCGCUUCGUGCUUGGUUUGCCGACGGGCAGCUCACCACUGCCUGUCUACCACAAACUGAUCGACCUGCACAACCGCGGAAAGGUCUCAUUCAAGCAUGUCAUCACAUUCAACAUGGAUGAGUAUGUUGGUAUUCCCAAGUCGCAUCCUGAAUCGUACCACUCGUUCAUGUUUGACAAUUUUUUCAGCAAGGUGGAUAUAGAACCACACAACGCUCACAUCCUCGACGGUGAAGCGGAGAAUCUGGUAGAAGAGUGUGCGCGCUACGAAGAGAAGAUCGAGGCUGUUGGCGGAAUAGAUCUGUUUUUAGGUGGAAUAGGUGAAGAUGGUCACAUUGCAUUCAAUGAGCCUGGUUCAUCGCUCGCUUCGCGCACGCGCAUGAAAACAUUGGCCUACGACACCAUCGUUGCCAAUGCGCGUUUCUUCGACAACGAUAUAGCCAAAGUACCCAAGAUGGCUCUCACAGUGGGCAUAGCGACGGUGAUGGAUGCACGUGAGGUUAUAAUCGUAAUCACGGGCAAACAUAAGGCUCCCGCUCUCGCCAAGUCUAUCGAGGAAGGCGUCAAUCAUAUGUGGACUGUCUCUGCUAUUCAGCAACACCCAUGGGCUAUGGUGGUGGCUGAUGAAGAUGCCACACUUGAACUACGCGUCGGGACCGUUAGAUACUUCAAGUCGAUCGAAUCCGUACAGGCUCAGCAGGAACUUAAAUACGGUAACGCUGCUCUCAGACCGAAGCAGAGAUCUGUACAUGCAUCCUCGCCGCGCUUCUGA